UGAGUAAAAUCUCUUCACAUGGGACAAUACCAUCUUCAGCUCAACUCUACUGUGGGAUCUACGAGAUGCCUCGCCAACCAGGAGAGUACAUCGCCCUAGAUUGGUCUCCGCCCAGCGACGAAUCCAAACCACAGCUCCUAUUUAGACCACUGGAUUUUGGAUCACUGGGGGAGAGGAUAUUGGGGCAUAUUUUAGGGGAUAUCGUUCCUUCCCUUGUUUCCCUGGACCAGGGAUUGCGGGAAAUAUGGAGUAAAAGCCAAUCGGCACCCCCACCGACGCUAAGUAGGAACAAUCCCAGAAGUUUCCUUAAGUAUAAUACCUUGCUUACACAUAACUCAAGGGGAAACUCAUUUUGAGAAGGUAGAGGUAGGUUCUGUGCGUUGAAAUUCUGCCCUCCAGACCACCCACUUACCGCUUCCUAGUUACUGGCACGCCUUUGCCGAAUAUUUUCAAAAUUUUCUGCAAUAACUAAGGGCAACAGACGGUCUAAGAAUUUAUUGCCGCUAAAUUGUGAGAUCUCCCGCUCUAACCCACCCAAAAGUAUCCUUUUUCUGAUGCAGCGCAGGGGAUUGGAGAUUUUGGGGAGCAGCUCUUCUGGAGAAAAUGGAGUUCAGAUCCUCGUACGAGCAAAGCCUUGAGGUUCUGUUUAAAAUAAAGUCCGAUUUCGUGACUCAAGACGGGAGACAUCAUGCAUUAUACGCAACUUUGAUCGAGAAAGACACAGCAGAGUAUCGGAUAGAGUCAGCUGUUCGAAUGGACGUGUGGGCUUGUGUGUCUUCUCUUUUGUCUCAAUACCAAACAUCGCUAUUUCUAGGUAUGUGUGGUGGUGCGCCGGGGUUUUCGCAGGCCGGAAGCGCCGUAUUCUAAAGCGCAACAGGGUAUAAAGACCAGUGGAGGUCAGCUUUCCUGGACGGCUCUCGAACAGUCGAUAGGGGGGACCUGACCUUCAAAUAUGGCUCGGAAAUUGUAACAUUAGUCCAUCGGUUCUUGUC